AUGGACGACUUUCCAUGCACUCCUGACCUUUUCUCUCCAUCAUCAUCAUCAUCAUCAUCAUCACCCGGGAAAAUCACAUUAUCCAAAAGCAGUCAUACCGUCUACGACACACAUCGCCAUGUCUACCUCCAUAUUCAGACCGCCAUCCCCGGGUAUGACCACAAGAUCCACCAACUCCCCACCAAUUCAGUCACCCUGCACAGUCUUCUGGAAAAGAAGCUGCUCAGGAUUAACAGGAAGAGGAGAAAACAGCUCACGAUGGACGAUCUAGAGUGGAAGGCCCGUAUGAUCAAUAGUAUCUACCCCAAGAGGCAGAUCAAGAUCACAUGGGUUGUAGACCCAACUAAGUCGGAGGACGACUGCUACGAUAAUACAACCGGGACGUGGGGAAACGCACAAGAAGAAGCGGACUCCCAUUUUACCGUCUGGAUGGGAUACAACAGGUACCAGCUUGUGCUGCAGGGCCACAUUUAUGUGGUCUGGGAAGAAAAAGAGUUUGGGUACCUGAAGAAAAUGGAAACCCCAGCCGAGCAACGUAAGCACGUCGACGAAAGCCUCGGAGAAAAGUAUGUUUCGGAGGAGUACUGGUCCUUGACGAAGGAUGAGUUGCGACUCAAGGAGCAAGGGACUGAUGCCGCUGCCGCGCCCUCCUCAUGA